CGCUGUGCUCCCGCCUGCGCAGCCAAGCCCCGCCCCGCCGGUGCCGCUUCUGCCGCCGCCGGGCCCGGGGGUCGCGGCCUGCCCGGCCCGGCGCCCCUCGUCCUUAAGAGGGCGACGCUGCCGCGGCCCCUUUAAGCGGCGGCCGCCCCGCCCCGCGGCGCAGCGCACGGCCAUGCUGCGGGCCCGGUGGCUGCUGCCCGGCGCCGCGCUGGCCCUGGGCGCGGGGCUGGGGGCGGCCCUGGGCGCCCGGCGGCGGCCCGAGAGCGACGCGGUGGCGGCGCUGCUGGGCCGCCUGCCCGUGGUGCCCGCCGUGGCGGCGGCCGGCCCGCCGGGGGCGGCGGGGGGCGAGCUGGCCAAGUACGGGCUGCCCGGGCUGGCGCAGCUGCGCGCGCGCGGCUCCUACCUGCUGUGCUACGACCCGCGCAGCCGCGGCGCGCUCUGGGUGAUCGAGCGGCUCGAGCGCGAGCGGCUGCGCGGGCCCUCGGAGCGCGCCGCCUGCGUGUUCCGCGAGGACGACUCGGUGCACGAGUACCACCGCGCCACCAACGCCGACUACCGCGGCAGCGGCUUCGACCGCGGGCACCUGGCGGCCGCCGCCAACCACCGCUGGAGCCAGGAGGCCAUGCAGGACACCUUCUACCUCAGCAACGUGGCCCCGCAGGACCCCCACCUGAACGCGCACGCCUGGAACAGCCUGGAGCGGUACAGCAGGAGCUUGGCCAGGAGCAACAAGGACGUCUACGUCUGCACGGGGCCGCUUUACCUGCCCAGGAUGGAGGCGGACGGGAAGAUGUAUGUCAAGUACCAGGUGAUCGGGAAGAACCACGUAGCCGUCCCCACCCACUUCUUCAAGGUGCUCAUCUUGGAAAAGGAGAGCGGGGAGAUAGAGUUGCGCUCCUACGUGAUGCCAAACAGCCCCGUGGAUGAGAAGAUCCCCCUGGAACGGUUCCUGGUUCCUAUUGAGAGUAUUGAGCGAGCCUCGGGGCUUCUCUUUGUCCCCAACAUCCUGAAGAGAACAAGUAACUUGAAAGCUAUCACAGCUGGAAACCAGCGUUGAACCCCAACUAAGCAAAUCCAGGUAUCCCCUAGGAAGGACCAAGAGCAGUUGCCUGCAGGGUAAUAGUUCUUUGUGCAGUUUUAAAGGUGGGAAAUAAGAAUCAAACCAAUGCUUCUCCUUACCCUUGCCCUCAUCCUGCAUAACAGUGGAACACGCCAUGCAGCAGGUCUCAAGGGCAGGUCCUGCAGAAGGCUCCCAGGCACUUCACUUUAGCAGCCUGCUACAGAAUCUGCUCUUGCUCUGCCACACAGACCAUGCUCCUGUAAUUGUUCCCUUUGGGUUGUGUGUGGCUCAUUAAAACAAAGGGAAGUUAAUUUAAUUUCUGCUAAGCGGGGAAGGAUGGCUGCAGGGGGGGAGGACAGGAGAGGUUCCCGCCUUUCUGUGGCCAAAGGCUUCUGUGAUUGUUUUCUUUCAGCAGAUGGUUUUAGCAGUAAAGCUUUUGAUCAUCA